UUGUUGAGUGUCAAAAUAAUACUCUUUCCUGUAUAAAUGUUGAAACUUUUCAAAGCCUAACAUAAUUCUUGGUCACUUUUGUAUUGUUGAGAGUCCAUGCAUUACAUAAUGGCAACCGAGAGAGUGCUUCAUAUGAAGGGUGGAGAUGGAGAAACCAGCUAUACCAAAAACUCCUUACUUCAGAGAAAAGUGGCAAGCAUGGUGAAACCUAUACUUGAAGAUACUGUAAAACGGUUGAUGUCAAACUUUAGUUCAGAAAGGUGUUGGAAAGUAGCAGAUUUGGGAUGCUCUUCGGGGCCAAAUUCACUCUUUUUUGUGUCAAACAUGUUAAGCAUAAUGGAUAAUGUUAGCAUGAGCAUAAACCAUCGUAAGCCACGUGUAUUUCAAAUUUACAUGAAUGAUUUAUUUGGAAAUGAUUUCAACACCAUCUUCAAGUUGAUCCCUGACUUCUUCCAAAGAAUACAUGAAGAAAAAAACGACAACCAUGGACGAUGUUUUAUUCAUGCAACACCUGGAGACUUCUAUGGAAGGCUUUUUCCUGAUGAUUACAUCCAUUUCUUUCAUUCCUCCUACAGUCUCCACUGGCUAUCUCAGGCACCAAAAAGCUCGACCAACAUAGACGAACCACUCAACAAGGGAAAUGUUUAUAUAACAAAUACAAGCUCUCCUUCUAUCCGUGAAGCAUACUUCAACCAAUUUGAAAAGAAUUUCAAACUUUUUCUAAAAUCACGUUCAGUGGAGUUAAAAUCAGAUGGUGUUAUGUUACUUACAUUAAUUGGUAGAGAUGAAACUCAUAAAAUUGGUAAUCCUGUAGAGGUAAUUGGAAUGGUACUCAAUGACAUGGUUCAAGAGGGUCUGGUUGAAGAGAAAAAAUUAGACUUCUUUGAUCUACCUAUAUAUGGUGCCACUGCCGAAGAAGUUAGACAAGUGAUUGAAGAAGAAGGAUCUUUUGCCAUUCAAACAUUGAGGACUUUCAACAUAGGUUGGGAUGCAAAUCUUCACGAGGAUGUCGAUGAUUCUAUACUUGAUAGCAAAAUGAAAGGAGAGUUCGUAGCCAAGUCCAUUAGAGCUGUUUUUGAUCCUCUUUUGUCCGUUGAGUUUGGGGAAGAUACCAUGGAUGAAUUCUUCACAAGAUAUGCAAAGAAAGUUGCCAGUCUCAUUGAGUUGGAGACGUUGGAGUACACUAAUGUGGUAGUGUCCAUGAGCAAAGUUUCUUGAACAUGUGCAAUCGACAAGAAAAAUAAAAUUAGCUUCUAAAUAUCGAUAUUGUCCAAAUUGUGAAGCUAUCAAAGUUUGCUUAACCGAUUUUAACACGACAUAAAAAGUUAAUUUUUUAUGGCAAAAAGCGAGUGUACAGCAAAAGUUACAUUGAUUUGUUUAUGACCUUUGACACACUUAAAACCUAUCGUACUCACGAUAUUGUUACGUCAUAGUGGAAGUGGAUACUUCCUAAAAUGUUUUGAUAAGCUAGAAAACAUUGAAGAAGGAGUCAUCAUAUCCAUCUCACAUUUGAGGACUACUGUGCUAUUAUCACUAUCAAGGUGAAUCCUGAAGAAGCGAGGAGUUGCUAGUGUGGGGUUUAAAGGUAACAUCCUACACGCCUCCUACUAACCUGACAGUCACUGAAACUCCACUCCCAACAACAACUCUGGAACAACCCGCCUCUGUGCAGAUUGAUGGGCAGAGCAGUGAAAGUACCACUACGCCAACCAAUGUUUUCACGUCAUUGAAGAGGAGGUUAACUCGUAAAACAAGACCCUUCGUGACCUCUAGGGUCGAGCUCCUUGAUGACAACCGAUCUUCAUUUGAGGAGCCAAUGAUGGUUUGCCCACUAGGUGGCAAGCCAACCAGGUCACAGGUCACAAAUUGGUAUCAUAACCGAAAUCACGACAGGACGACAAACAAAAAGAAAUACAAUUUGAAAACAAAGUUUGGAGUAAUCAUAAUAGUUUAUUGUGAAAAAACUACAAGGUCCACGAAAUUUGAAUUUUGAGUCCAAGAAUCGGUUAUACUAAGGGAUAGUGUUAGCACCGUACAAUGUUUGACUAAAGACAAGA